CUAAUCAGGAAACGGUCUGGAAAGCGAGGCGACACUAAGUGAGGAGGUCGUGAAGCUUGAAGAUCUAACAUGCAGUGGUUCAGUGGACCGGUCUCUGAGGCAGUUCAAAUAGCCAGAAGCGAUAAGAAACUAUUUGUCGUUUACAUUUAUGGCGACAAUGAGACGAGCAAAAAUAUGUCGAAAGUGUGGGAAGAUGCGCAGGUUGCUUCCGAGUUUGCUGAUUGCAUCUCACUGAGAUUGGCUUCGGAAAGCGAGUCGUUCCAGCAGUUUUCACAAUACUAUCCCGUCUCUGUAGUGCCAUCGACAUACUUCAUCGGACAGAAUGGCUAUCCACUAGAAAUCAUUCUUGGAUCGGUGGACAACACCUCGUUGGUUGAAAAACUGAAGAGAGUAGCAGAAGCUCAUCGUGUUGAGGUAGAGAGUCAAGCUGUUGAGACAUCGAGGGAAACGACAACCGAAAUUUUAUCGACGACAGAGACGAGUGCUACUGUUGUUACGUCGUCAGUUGUGGCUACUGCAGCAGCAGCGGAGGCGGGAGAUAAUUUGUCAGACACGGAAGUGUCGGACGUGAUGGUUCAAUCGACUGAGAAAUCGAUUGAUGAGCGUGUGACGAGCGCUAGAGAUAAAAUUAGCGAUUUGAGAAAGAAGAAGGCAGAACAACAAGCAGAGCAAGACAAACAACGUGAACUUAAUCGACGUCAAAUGGGUAGAGACAUCGUGAAAGCAAAGCAAGAACGAGAACAACUGCAGGCCAAGCAACGCGUAGAUCAGUUGCGUCGCGAUCGAGAGAAUGAUCGAUUGGCGAAGGAAGCUGUGAAGUUGCAAUUGGAGAGGGACAAAGAGGAGAGGGCGAGUAGGUUUAAGGUGGACAAGAUGAAGAGAGAUGCUGAAGCUGAAGUGAAGAAGGCGGAAAAGGCAGCAGUGAAAGAAAAGGAAAUGAAGCAACAGCAUAACCAAACUCGAAUUCAGUUUCGAUUACCUGAUGGGACUUCAUUCACUCAUCUCUUCCAAUCAUCACAGACUUUACAAGAGAUGAGAGAAGUUGUUUCUGAUUAUGUCAGCUUAAAGUAUAGCACGUUCUCAUUGGUCGCCACAUAUCCACGUCGGGAACUAGUUCCAGAUCUUGACAAUUCAACGCUGCUUGACCUCCAAUUGGCACCUAGUAGAGUGGUGAUGGUCACUAGUACCUCGAAAAUAAGUCAUUAUUCAUCAGUCAGUAAUACGCUUGAGGGCAGUACUGUCUGGGCUGUAGUGAUGCUACCAUUUACAAUCGUCUGGUCAUUGAUUAUGAUGAUUGUUGCCCUAUUCAAGCCCCCGUCUGCAUCACCAGCAUCUGGAGGUGCUGAGAAACUCACAUCAGGAAGUAGGUCUGACAACCAGUCUCAUGGAAAUGACAAUUCAGAUCGACAAUCGAGCGUGCGCUCACGCUGGAACUCGCAGCGCGACGGCAACGUGCACAGAAUGAAGACGGACGACGACGACGGAGAGAACAACACGUGGAACGGCAACUCGACACAACAGCAGUAGUGACCCGGAUGUGCACGCGACCAGGACUCUCUUGAUGUAAUUCCCACCGUUUGGUGGGUCAGAAACGGCAUAAGGUGUAAGAACGUAGUUUUGGGGGACAAUUUGAUUACAAGGGCGUGGCCCUAAACAAUAUUUAAUGUUUGUCAGUUGACCUCGCGUAGCCAGACCCUAGCAUGUGUAGUAUGACGCGGCGGUAGGGUCUGGGUAUGCGAGGCUAUUUGUUCUACAUUUGCAUGCAUGUAGUAUAGCAUAGCAAACAGGAAAGUAACAAAUGCUAGUACGUUUAUGUUU